CAGGAAAUCAAAAAUCAAUCCAAAAACUAUCAAAUUAACCUGAAAAUGUUGAAAAACUUUGGCAACAAGAAGAAAAAUGAGAAAAAAGGUGAAAACAACAAAGAUGUGACCGGUUCAGAGACAGAAGAAGAUCACCUCCAAUAUUUGAAGGCUCUAGAAAAUUUCAUUUUUUCCACCGAAAAACUGGGGAUCGAUGGUUUGGUUAAACAGUACCGAAAGCUCGAUGCCAAGCAGGACCCCUCACUGACAUACGAUGCUUAUACGAAAUAUAUGCACAAAAAUCGAUAUUGUGACGUAGUAUGUCUAGACAAUUCACGGGUAAAACUGAAAAUUGACAAAAGUCGACAUGGCGAUUAUAUUCAUGCAAAUUACGUGAAAACUAAUUACCUACGGAGCACAUUUAUUUGCUCACAAGGACCCCUGCAGCACACAAUUAUCGAUUUUUGGAGGAUGAUUUUUCAGGAGAGAGCUGAGAGCAUUUUGUUGCUCUGCAAAGUAGGCAGAGAAGGCCGCCCGAGAUACUGGCCAUCACUGGGCGUAACAGAAACAUACGGUUGCAUACGUGUCACAAAUUUUAGUGAAUCGUCCGAGGAAUUUGAAAUUUGCAAUUUAGCAGUGACAUUUGUGCCCGACAAUGUGCCGGUCGAUGAGCAGCCCGCGAACUUGGAGGGGCUUAGAGUCAGCCUGAUUAAAUGGCCGAAUUGGCCGGAUUGCGGUGUGCCCGACGAAAAAUGUCAUACAGUACCCCAGCGGCUGCUGGCUCAGGUGCGGCACGGGCCUUGUGUGGUACAUUGCUCCGCCGGGAAGGACCGGUUGUGUGAUGACACUGGAAUUGGCUUAUAAUAAGCUGGAUAAAAAACUGCAAGUUGACUUUGAGGAGACGUAGUAUGUCUAGACAAUUCACGGGUAAAACUGAAAAUUGACAAAAGUCGACAUGGCGAUUAUAUUCAUGCAAAUUACGUGAAAACUAAUUACCUACGGAGCACAUUUAUUUGCUCACAAGGACCCCUGCAGCACACAAUUAUCGAUUUUUGGAGGAUGAUUUUUCAGGAGAGAGCUGAGAGCAUUUUGUUGCUCUGCAAGUGAGUUUGGAAAUUCAAAGAGCUUUCAGAAAAGUAUAAACUCGAUGGAUUUUGAAAAAAAAAAUUAAAACCUGCAAAUGUUGCAAAAACAAAAUUCGAAUUUUUUUUUCAUGCUUUCUCGUUUCAAAUUCCAAAUAAAAUUUUUUUUUUUACAAAUAUGAAGUCAGCUCAUUGAGCCUUUCAAAAUGAACCCCAUAUUGCCUAUAAUCCGACAAUUUAAAAGAUUUUUGGGUCCCACCACGAAAACCCUCUGGGUUACUGUAGUUCUUCUGCGUUACUCAGUUUUUUAUGCAAUUUUUUUUGUCUAAAAUACAAUUAAAAUGUUUAAAACUAGGCAAGUUUUGAAAUUUCGGGUUUUUUUCGAAAUUUUUUUUUUUGAAACUUUCCAGAUACAAUAGUUUUAUCAAGUUACUUGGUAAUUUCAGUCAUUAUAAUUUAACGUUUUAUUAGCUUUCAAAUAACAACCAUAUCGACUACUUUCCAUCAAUUUUGAACGUUUUCGUGGCGAGACCCAGCUUUUCGUGGUGGGACCCAAAAUCACAAACUUAGUCAUGAUUAUAUUUAUUUUGCGAAGAAGAAGUUGAAGAUUUCAAGAAAGAGAUCAGUGAUGUUGAAUAUGGAUAAUAUUUUUUAGCUGAACAUUGAAACCAAACAAAUUUUUUUAAUUAUGAAAUCGAGUUGUUCAUAGGUAUAACGUAUGGAUGCACAUCAUUAUUAGUGCUUCGAAAAAAAACUUUCACAAUGUUCCUGAAUUUGAAUGAAGAGAAAAGCAAUU